AUGCCGAGGGGCGCGGAGCGCGCAAUGCUGGGGUGCUUCCAGGUCGCCCGGCGGCCGUCGCUGUCGUACGAGGAGGGGUCCACGUCGGCGCCGUCGACGUCGGCCUCGCCGCCGACGUCCUCGGCGUCCACGUCGUCCCCGGCCUUCCUCGACGACGACGACGCGAUGUACCUGGACGACGCCGAGCCCGAGCCCGACGCGGGCGGGCUGUCCACGGCCAUCGCCGCCCGCCGCUUCUUCCUCGCGUCUCCCGGCCGCUCCAACUCCAUCGUCGACUCCGUCGAGCACCCGCCGGCCGCGUCACUCGCCCGGGACAGCGCCUCCAACGUCCGCGCGCUGCGCCGCGCGGCCACCUCCGCGUUCCCCGCGUCCGCUGCCGCUGCUGCGGCCUCCUCCUCCGCUUCCUCCUCGGCCGCCAAGGCGCCCUUCCGCGACGACGACAUGCAGCCGGUGCGGAAGGUCUCGCUGUCCACGGACGCUCCCCGCGCCGACUUCCUCAAGUCCAUGGUGGAGAUGGUGGAGGCGCUGGGGCUGGACCCGCGCCGCCGCGACGCCGACCUGGCCCGCCUGCACGACCUGCUGCUCUGCUACAUCGCGCUCAACGAGCGCGACGCGCUCAGGGACAUCCUCGGCGCGUUCGCCGACCUCAUGUGCCUCCUCGACGGCGGCAAGCAGGAUGCCGCUGCAACCGCGACAGCCGGCGGCGGCGGGGAGAAGCGCGACGCCCAAGUGCAGGAUAGGACGACGGCGCGGGGCUAG